AGGAGUUAAAACCAUCGAGUACUGUGUUGCUAGAAAGGUUGGAAAGCGACGGGAAAAGUAGAAGAAAGAAAGUCCAGUUGCCUAUUGAAAAAAAGCACCUUUGGGGACAGCUGAACUUCCUCUUCCGGAUCACUCAUUGGAGGAGAGUGGUGUGCAGAGCGGCUUUUGUGCUCUUCCCAGGGUUGAAGCAGCAGCUGGAAGAUGAACAGGAUGGCAAUAAGAGCACUUGGGACAACUGUAAAUAACAAUCGGUGUUGAAAAGGGAAGAAAAUCAAGCCAGAAAUCAAAAUAUUUUCUAUUUCCUGCAGAAAAACUAUACAAAUCCGCUCCUCCUCCAGCAGCUGUUUGACAAAAGAGCGAAAAUAAAGAAAGAAUAAGCAGAUUAUGCAGAGCUCAAGGAUAAAUUAAAUGAGAGGGGAAAGGAGAUUAUUUAUAAUUCAGCAAAAGUAGGAAACAUCUGGAACUCUGUUGGAAGGAAAAGAUCAAUAGUAAAGCAAUGUAGAAGAGACAGGAAUGCAGGCCUCUCCCUGAGAGGAAGAAGAUGGCUUGAAUGAAAGCACCCUUAAAUAAGACAUUGUCCAUAUUUUUUACCUUCUCAAGAAUAUCAGUGGUGCAAAAGCUUCAUAAAUUUGCCUAUUGUAGGAAAAGCACAGAUUGCAAAUCACAGCUGAUUAUGCACAAGAGGAGACGGCAAGCCAUACAAAUUACCUGAACGUGGCAAAAACUACGUUCACAAAAGAUUCCUUGUUGUUCAUGGAAGCACCUCCACAAAAGAGGGAAGCCACAAAAUGCUCCCAAUGCGGUAAAUGCUUUAGUGAGCAUGGCAACAUGGUGCUACAUCAGAUAACUCACAGGAGGGAGAAAACAUAUGACUGUGCAGAUUGUGUGAAAGUUUCAUUAGAAAUUCCCAGGUCUUGAGACACUAAAGGAGGCACACAAAGGAAUAAAACCAUUUGAAAAUCCUUUCAGUGGGAAAAGGUUCAGUGAGAAUCCCUUCCUGGUGAAGCACCUGAGGACUCCCACAAAAGAGAAACCCUUUGAAUGUCCUGAUUGUGGGGGAAAAAAUUAGUCACAAUUUAGGUCUGGUGAUGAUGCACCAGUAGAUUGACUCCAGGGAGAAACUCUAUGACUAUCUAGAUUGUGGGGAAAACAUCAUUAGAAAUUUCCAUCUCAAGAGACCCCAGAGAACUCGCACAGAAGAAACACCCUUUGAAUGUCCUGAUUAUGGGAAACUCACAAUUCUAGCAUGGUGAUACACCCGAAGACUCACAUACAUUGAAUGCCCUGGUUGUCGGAAAACCUUCAGUUAUGAUUUCAUCUUGGUGAUUCACCAGGGGACUCAUAAUUGAGAAAAACCCAUUCAGUGUCCAGACUGUGGGAGAAGUUUCAAUUGUAAUUUCCGCCUGGUAAUACAUCAGAGGAUUCACUCCAUGGAGAAACCUUGUAAGUGUAGAGAUUGUGGGAAAACUUUCAUUAGUAAUUCCCACCUCUUGAGACAUAAGACCACGCACACAAGAAAGAAACCCUUUGAAUGUCCUGAAUGUGGGGAAAGCUUUAGUGAUAAUUCUAAUCUGGUGAAACACCGGAAGACUCACAAAAGAGAGAAACCCAUUGAACGUCCUUACUGUGGGAAAGGUUUUAAUCUGAGUUCCAGGUUGGUUAGCCACCAAAGGAUUCACACAGGAGAGAAAUCCUUUGAAUGUCCUGAGUGUGGGAAAAGUUUCAGUCGAAAUGCCCACCUGGUGAUACACCAGAGGACUCAUACAGGAGAGAAACCCUUCGAAUGUCCUAUCUGUGGGAAAAGCUUUAGUGAUAAUUCCAGCCUGGUGAAACACCAGAGGAUUCACACAGGAGAGAAACCCUUUGAAUGUCGUGAUUGUGGGAAAUGUUUUAGUCGGAGUUCCAACCUGGUGACACAUCAGAGGACUCACACAGGAGAGAAACCCUUUGAAUGUCGUGAUUGUGGGAAAUGUUUUAGUCGGAGUUCCAUCCUGGUGACACACCAGAGGACUCACACAGGAGAGAAACACUUUGAAUGUCGUGAUUGUGGGAAAUGUUUUAGUCGGAGUUCCAUCCUGGUGACACACCAGAGGACUCACACAGGAGAGAAACCCUUUGAAUGUCGUGAUUGUGGGAAAUGUUUUAGUCAGAGUUCCAUCCUGGUGACACAUCAGAGGACUCACACAGGGGAAAAACCCUUUGAAUGUCCUGAUUGUGGGAAAGAUUUUAGUCAGAGUUCCAUCCUGAUGAAACACCAGUGGACUCACACAGGAGAGAAACCCUUUGAAUGUCGUGAUUGUGGGAAAAGUUUCAGUCGAAAUGCCCACCUGGUGAUACACCAGAGGACUCACACAGGAGAAAAACCCUUUGAAUGUCCUAUCUGUGGGAAAAGCUUUAGUGAUAAUUCCACUCUGGUGACACACCAGAGGACUCACACACGAGAGAAACCCUUUGUAUGUCCUGAUUGUGGGAAACGUUUCAGUCAGAAUUCCAACCUGGUGACACAUCAGAGGACUCACACAGGAGAAAAACCCUUUGAAUGUCCUGAUUGUGGGAAAUGUUUUAGUCAGAAUUCCAUCCUGGUGACACACCAGAGGACUCACACAGGAGAAAAACCCUUUGAAUGUCCUGAUUGUGGGAAAGGUUUUAGUCAGAGUUCUAUUUUGGUGAUACACCAGAGGACUCACACAGGAGAAAAACCCUUUGAAUGUCCUAUCUGUGGGAAAAGCUUUAGUGAUAAUUCCACUCUGGUGAAACACCAGUGGACUCACACAGGAGAGAAACCCUUUGAAUGUCCUGAUUGUGGGAAACGUUUCAGUCAGAAUUCCAACCUGAUGACACAUCAGCGGACUCACACAGGAGAGAAACCCUUUCAAUGUCCUGAUUGUGGGAAAUGUUUUAUUCGGAGUUCCAGCCUGGUGAUGCACCAGAGGACUCACACAGGAGAAAAACCCUUUGAAUGUCCUAUCUGUGGGAAAAGCUUUAGUGCUGAUUCUAAUCUGGUGAGACACAAGAGGACUCACACAGGAGAGAAACCCUUUGAAUGUCCUAUCUGUGGGAAACGUUUUAGUGAUAUUUCCAGGCUGGUGACCCACCAGAGGACUCACACAGGAGAGAAACCUUUUGGAUGUCCUGAUUGAGGGAGAGGUUUUAGUCUGAGUUCCACCCUGGUGAAACACCAAAGGACUCACACCUUGGAUAAAUCUUUGAAAUGUCCAGUUUGCAGACAUUACUUCAAGUAUAAAUCAUCCCUUAUUACACACAAGGUAAUCUAUAUGAAGAAAGGUAGAUGAGUUUAGAGAAUGCUUGAAUUUCAUUUGUGAUCUCCCAUUGAAAAUGUAGGUGAGAAUUGAU